AUGGCAGAUACAUCGGUUGCUGAGCCAGCAGCUCCCACUUCUAUCACCACUCCCGAUACCCUUGACCCCAAUGCCGAAGAGAUGAUUGUGGCAACAACCAGCACCGCGGACGACACUCUGCAAGGAGAUCAGCAGCUCCAGUCGGUCAAAAAGACCAAAAUUAUUCGCAGGAAGAAACGCCCAGCGAGGAUACAAGUCGAUGCGUCAACCGUUAAAGCCGAGCCCGCGCAGCAGCCCGGACUUGACUAUAACAUUUGGUACAACAAAAGCGGCGACAACGACGACAAAUAUGGCCUCAGCCAGCCCGCGCCUAGUCGCUGCAAUAUUGCGCGUGACUCGGGAUACACUCGCGCUGAUCGCAUUCCGGGCUCAUUUUUCUGCAUACAUUUUGCGCGAGGUGUUUGCGUGAAAGGUCAAGACUGUGAAUACCUCCAUCGUCUACCGACGAUUCAUGAUAUGUUCAAUCCGAACAUGGACUGCUUUGGGAGAGACAAGCACAGCGAUUACAAGGAAGAUAUGUCCGGAGUAGGUUCGUUCACGCGCCAAAAUAGGACAAUCUACGUGGGCCGGAUUACGGUUUCCGAUGAUAUCGAGGAAGUGUGCUCAAGGCAUUUUGCGGAAUGGGGUCAAAUCGAACGAACAAGAGUACUUACCGGACGGGGUGUCGCUUUUGUCACCUACUCGUCAGAAAGUAACGCACAGUUUGCUCUAGUUGCGAUGCAAAACCAGAGCUUGGACCAUGAGGAAAUUCUUAACGUACGAUGGGCAACGGUCGACCCGAACCCAAUGGCACAGAAGCGCGAGGGACGCCGGCUAGAAGAGCAAGCUGCCGAGGCUGUGCGCCGGGCUCUCCCCGCGGCUUUUGUAGCAGAGAUCGAAGGCCGAGAUCCCGAGGCUAAGAAGCGGAAGAAGAUCGAGGGAACUUUCGGACUACAGGGCUAUGAUGUUCCAGAUGAUGUGUGGCAUGCCAGAACUCGUCAAUUGGAGGAUGCGAGCCAGGCCGCUCAGCUAGAGGCGCCUGAACAACCGAUGAUGAUCGAGUCUGCUUCGGUUUCGGCACAGGAGCAGCAGCCACAGAGUAAUGGCAUCUUCUCCAGCUCUGCGGUUGCAGCCCUACAGAGUCUUAAUGGUGGAAGGGUGACAACCCAGGCACCCAAAGCUACUGCUGGACCGUUAGUCACCUACGGCAGCGACGAUGAGAGUGACUGA